AGGUUUGAAGCCAAUCAAAAUUUAUUCCAGUAUAAGGAGCUUAAAGAUUAUUGAAUAUUUGCAGAUACCGUCAAUGGACGAUUCUCUAUCAAUGACGUGCUCUAAAAAUAGUAGAUAUAGGAUAUACAUUACGCAUACACAAUGAAACAUUUCUAUUUCAGAAGCCAAAUCCUUUAUUAUAGUUUAUUGCAAGCGAUUGUGAAAGGAUUUUGUCAUACGUUGGUAGCCAUAAAUAACGUUGGUCUAUAAAUUGAUUAUUACAGGCUAAUACAUGUUACCGGAAUAUAUUUGAUCUCGAGCUGUUAAAGAAUCAUCAUUCUAUAAUGGCAACAUCCACGCCUAAGGUUUUAAGUAAUGGUAGUGGGAAAGGUAAAUUCCAUUUCUUUUGGCAAAGUCACUCAGUAUUUAGUCAGUGGUAUCCAGCACGAUUUAGUGUCGACAAUAUUUACUACAGCUCUGCAGAACAAUAUAUGAUGCACCAGAAAGCAGUUCUUUUCAAAGAUAGUGAGUCAGCUGACAAGAUUAUGAAAACGAAAGAUCCCAAAACUCAAAAAGACCUCGGAAGAAAAGUGAAGAAUUUUGAUGGCAAACUGUGGAAUGAGAAUUGUGUGGAUAUAGUUAAACGUGGUAACUUGGCUAAAUUUUCACAACAUGAAGAAUUGAAAGAAAUUAUGUUCAGUACUUAUCCAAAGAUUUUAGUAGAAGCCAGCCCUCACGAUCAGAUAUGGGGAAUUGGACUACAGGAAGACAACCCGCUUGCAUGGGAUCAAAAUACGUGGUGUGGAAAAAAUUUAUUGGGCUUUGCUCUCACAGAGGUGCGAGACCAGUUAAUGAAAGAAAAUGUUAGCGAAAAAUAACAUCUGGUACCACUUUCCAUCAUCUAAUUGUUAUGUGACAAGUCCACUUGCUGUGGUUACUGGAUUUAGUAUAUUUACAUGAUAUUUUCACUACUAAUUAGCAUCUUUAAUAGGCUGGUUGGCACAGAACUGUAAGAUGUCAAUCCUCAUUUCAUUUCAUUUGUAUACUGGCAUUUAAUAAAAUCAUUUAAGGUGAAAUCUACAGAAAAAUCAACAAAUCUAACACUGUGUUUAUACAUUAAUAUGUUCAAGCUUGGUUGAUAUAACAGUGUGUGUAUAGGCCUACAGUUUUCUUUUGAAAUAAAGCAACAACAUUCCAGACUCUGAGAUUCAACAUUCUCAUAAUCGUUCAUUCUUUAUGAUCAAAUAAAGGUAUUCAGCAAGUUUUUGAAUGCCAAACUUACACAAAGUUGCACACUGAUGACUAUAGUCGAGAGAGAGAGAGAGAGAGAAAUGGGGUUCAACGUCCACUCGACACAAACUAGAUCAUUGCGGGACUAACAUAUGGUUUAAUUUUAUUUACAUAAUUCGCUUGAGCGUAGGGGUUUUUAGCAGUGGGAGGAAACCGGAGGCCCGGAGAAAACCCACGAGGUUGGACAGGCGACCCUACUCCUUGCCACGUACAACCGGGGAUUCGAAACCACAGACUCAAUGACAGACUUUAUGAUACAGCGCGCGCACGCUAACCAUUCAGCCAUCCAACCCCCGACUAUAGCCGAUGAUAGAUGCACAUAAAAUGUAUUUUUAUACCACUUUGAAUGAACCAGGCCACCAAGGGCCUUAAUCUACCAAUGAAUACUCCAAGGGCUAAUACUGGUUGUUUCCCAUCAGUUUGUCACCCACAAAAAUGUAGUUUUUCUAUUUAAAGCAAUUGUUUCUUUUCUCCUUUUCAUGCCUUGUGAUGGCAAUUUGUGUUUACUUUAUGAUCUAGAAUAACAGACAGGCAUUUGAAUUUAUAUUUUUUGCCAGCUUUUUGUGAAUGAUUGUGAAGCAAAAAGAUCAGUGUAACGGAUGUUGUGAAAAUUGUUGGGAGUGCAAUAUGCCUACCCAUCAAAAAUAGAGCAACUGUCGAAAGUUGACAGUGCUUUUUUUAUAAUCAUAGUUGGCAAUGUUACAUUUUCACGUUUAUUUUUUAUAUAAAAUAAAGACAUAUAUGUUGAUCCUGAAUUGUUUAUUUGAUAAAAUAAAGUUAUGAGAUUUUC